AUCGAUGCGAUAGUCGACGUAGGACUCUACGCCAUUGAAUCAGCUGCUUUGUCCAACUUCCAAAUUAUGGCGUAGGCUGUUUGUCAUUGUUGUUGUUCGCAAAUACUUAAGUGAACGUGCAAUCAGUCAAAGGGUACAAGGUGCACAAUGGCUGACUUGAAAUCGUUAGAGCAUCCUACCUUGAAGGUUCCUUAUGAGCUGCUGAAUAAGAAAUAUCGUGCAGCUCUGAAGGGGAUUGACUUGAAAGUGUCUCAUGUUCGUUCUGCUGCUUUGGAGCUUGAAAAAGGCCUCGCUGCAGAGACUGUUCGAGCUGGAGACAUAAGCCGAUUGCUAGGGGGAGUUGCUGAACAUCUGAGUGUCAUGAAGAGAAAGGCUGAGGAAAGUAUUUCAGAAGAGCUCCAAGCAGGGUAUGUUUGUAAACGCCGUCUGGAACAUCUUCGUGAACAUGCUACUGGUGGAAGCCAGUGGAGGCGAAGCAGAUUGGACCGCAUGCUAGUGGAGUAUUUUUUACGCAAAGGCUAUUAUGGGACUGCAACUCGUCUUGCUGAUACUUCCAACCUACGAGACUUGACCAAUAUAGAUGUAUUUUUGGCAUCAAGGGAAGUUGAGCAAUCACUUGCUGAGAGGGAGACCUCCAAAUGCCUUGCAUGGUGCCAGGACAAUCGCUCAAAGCUGCGCAAAUUAAAAUCUAACAUGGAAUUUAAUUUGAGAAUUCAGGAAUAUGUGGAACUUGUUCGUGCUGACAAGCGAGUGGAUGCUGUGAGACAUGCCAGGAAGCAUUUUUCAAAUUUUGAAGAAGAUCAAUUACAGGAUGUUCAACACUGCAUGGCUCUUUUAGCCUUCCCAACUAAUACAGAGCUUUCGCCAUACAAAGAAUUUUUGGAUGAACGCCGUUGGGAUCGAUUAAUUGAGCAGUUCCGCCAUGAAUAUUAUCGUCUGUUCCAUAUGUCUAAUCAAUCAGUGUUCACUGUAACUCUGGAGGCAGGCCUUUCAGCACUGAAGACUCCUCAGUGUUACCGUGGCUGCAAAGAGAGGAGAAAUCCCAGCUGCCCAGUCUGCAACGAGUCCUUCAAUCAACUGGCUGCACCAUUGCCAAUGGCUCAUUGCUCCCAGUCACGUCUGUUUUGUAGUAUUUCUGGUUUGCCUCUGAAUGAGCACAACCAACCAAUGAUGUUACCCAAUGGCCAUGUUUAUGGGGAACAGGCAUUGCAGCAAAUGGCUUCUGAAAAUAAUGGAAAUAUUAUUUGUCCCAAAACAAAAGAGACAUUUCCUUAUAAGAAGGUGGAGAAGGUGUUUGUGAUGUGAUUUCUCUAUUUAUCAGAGGAGUAUAUCUGAGUAUGUGUCUUUUUCUUCCUUUACCUUUUGUAAAAAAGAAUUUCCUUUUUGUGUUUCUAGUGUGAAUGUGUUACUUUAUACUCAUAAUUUACUUCAUAAUCAAUAGAUAUAUUGAUACUAAGGUUGUGCAUCAAUAUUAAGUUGAGCAGCUGGUGGUGAAUCUCUGGGAAGUGCCAAAAAAAUAGCCGUUUCGGUUCAGUUGCUCCAGUGUAAUUUUCAGAGAAUAAUAAUUAAGGCAUAAUUGUAUGUAUUGCAUUUCUUUAUCAAAUAGCACACCUUCCGUAGCCACUAAGUUAUUGGAGCAUGUGUUUUAUGUAAACAUUUGGUAUUUUAGUGAUAAUAAACAUGCAACUCCAUAA